CAGGGGGAAGCAGGAAACAUGGCGUUCAGCUUUGGCGGCGGGACGGGCGGCACGAGCUCUUCGGGGUUUUCAUUCGGUUCAUUUGGUGCCAAAACGACAGCGUCAACAGCUUUUGGCUUUGGUACUAGUACCACCACUACCGCUUCCUCCGGAUUUGGUAGUCUGACUGCACCAGCUUUUGGAGCCACCACAACAACAUCUGCACCCACAGGGUUUGGAUUUGGCUCAACAACCACAGGAUUUGGGGGUCUGGGGCCUGUCAGCACCACUACAGGGGGGUUUAGUUUUGGGGGGUUUGGGUUGAACAAUAAUCCAGCAGCAGUCAACUUUAACAUGGGGGGCUUUGGGGCCCCAACCACCACCGCCACUGUGUUCAAUUUUGGCAAUAGUCUUGGUGGUGCAGGUGCGUUUGGAGGCUUUGGCACCACUACUACUUCAGCCGCUGCCGGCUCCACCUUCAGCUUCUCCAACCCCUCAAACACAGGUGGCGGUCUGUUUGGAAACACUCAGAAUAAGAGCUUUGGGUUUUCAUCUGGACUUGGAACAGGCACUGGUACUGGAACAGGGUUUGGAGGUUUGGGAGGUGGAGGCCUGGGCUUCGGAAGCUUUAACCUCCAGCCUACACAGCCUCAACAAGGAGGUUUGUUUGGCCAGCAGGCCCAAGCCCCAGCACAGUCUAACCAGCUGAUCAACACAGCCAGUGCCCUCUCAGCCCCCACUCUUCUCAAUGAUGAGCGUGAUGCCAUCCUGGCGAAAUGGAAUCAGCUGCAGGCCUUCUGGGGCACUGGGAAGGGCUACUUCAACAACAACAUCCCACCUGUGGACUUCACCCAGGAGAACCCUUUCUGUCGUUUCAAAGCGGUGGGUUACAGCUGCAUCCCGAGCAGUAAGGAUGAGGACGGUCUGGUGGCUCUUGCUCUAAAUAAGAAGGAGGCAGAUGUGCGCAGUCAGCAGCAGCAGCUGGUGGAGUCGUUUCACAAAAUCCUGGGAGGACACCCCACACUAACCGUCAACGUGGAGGGGGUCAAAGCUCUACCUGAUGACCAAACAGAGGUUAUAAUCUAUGUGGUGGAGCGUUCACCAAAUGGCACGUCAAAGCGAGUUCCAGCCACCAGUCUGUUUAACUAUGUGGAGCAGACCAACGUUAAGGGCCAGCUGCAGCAGCUGGGUGUGACCAUGAGUGUCACCCGCACCUCAUUGUCCCCUGCUCAGCUCAAACAGCUUCUGCAGAACCCUCCGGCAGGAGUGGAUCCCAUCAUUUGGGAGCAGGCUAAAGUGGACAACCCUGAGCCUGACAGGCUGAUCCCAGUGCCCAUGGUCGGGUUUAAGGAGUUGCUCCGCAGGUUAAAGAUUCAAGAACAGAUGACAAAACAGCACCAAACCAGACUAGAUAUAAUCUCCAAUGACAUCAGUGAGCUUCAGAAGAACCAGGCAACCACUGUGGCUAAGAUUGCUCAGUACAAAAGGAAGCUGAUGGAUCUGUCACAUAGAGUUCUACAGGUGCUGAUAAGGCAGGAGAUUCAGAGGAAGAGUGGUUAUGCUAUCCAGGUGGAUGAAGAGCAUCUCAGGGUGCAGCUGGACAUGAUUCAGUCUGAACUCAAUGCUCCCACACAGUUUAAAGGUCGGCUGAAUGAACUGAUGUCUCAGAUCCGAAUGCAGAAUCACUACGGCGCAGUGCGGGCAGAGGAGAAAUACAUCGUAGACACAGACCUGCUCAGAGAGAUAAAACAGCACUUGAAGCAGCAGCAGGAGGGUCUGAGCCACCUGAUCAGCGUGAUCAAAGACGACAUGGAGGACAUCAAGAUUAUAGAGCAGGGCCUGCAUGACAGCGUGCACGUGAGGGCAGGCAAACUCAGCUGACAUGGCCCGUCCAUCUUCCCCGAUAAGAUCAUUACACACAAUCCACUCAUACCUUUUCUCACAUACAUACACAUACAGAUAUGCACACUCAUUCAUACACUUUUCAUACACAUAAACAUACAUAAACACAACUCCAUGUCAGUCUGAGUGCUUCACAAGGAACACGCAUAGCACUUUCAACAGCAGUCAACAUCCUAGAACAGUUCUCUCUGUUCACUGCUGCAAAUAAAAGUCUUCAUCUUAAAGAAUCUGUGUUAUUGCUAAUUAAGCAGGCUGUCCAGCUUUGAUGUAGGAGAGAAUAGAGGUGUGUUUCUGCCUCAUUCAGACAUGGUUCUUGAAGCACUGAAUACAGAGAUAACAUAGCAAGACAAAGGCAAAGUUUAGGCGCCCCUGGUCAACUUUUUUGUUGUUUUGUUGAUUUUCAAAAUGAAAAAUGUUAACACACCUACAGAGAACACAGUUCUGCACAUUUUAAUGCACAGUUACAGUUUAUUUGCUGAAUUCAGCACAGAAAAUAAAAUGUGGUCUGUGCAAAAGCUUCUAUAUUUCGUUAGAUUGUUUUCCAGCAUGUUAAACUCAGCAAAUACAAAGGAAAUUGUGCACUAAAAUUCGCAGGAAAAUGUCAUAUUUUGGUUUGUAGAGGAUGUUAACUUAUUUUCACUUGACCAUGGGGGUGUUCAAACAUUUACAUAUGGCUGUAAUCCUGAGGAACAUCAGCAGCACUCUAAGUUUGGAUGUUUGCUUUGUGAAGUGUGCAUAUGUGGUCACUGGAGAGUCAUUUUAAUCAUAAUCUUCAUGUAAAUAGGGCUUUUAUUAUGAAUCUUAGUUUUUUUUGUAAAACAGUGUGUGCUGUAUACACUUAAACCGGUUUAAAUAAAGUUUUCUGGUUAACA